AUGACCCUCAACGUUGGUAUAGUUGGUACAGGUAUCUUUGCAACGGACAACCAUUUGCCUGUUAUCCAGAGCAUCUCUAAUUUAAGGCCUUAUGCCGCUUUCAACAGAACGGAGUCUAAGGCACACACUUUUGCAGAGAAGGCCGGCAUUGACAAAAAAGACGUCUACCAAAACGUUGAAGAUCUCUUGAAUAACAAAGAAAUCGACUUUGUCGAUGCCUUAUUGCCAGUUCAGUCGAACUUGGAUAUCGUUCGAAAAGCCGUGCAGUUCAACAAACCUAUUGUGUUCGAGAAGCCAAUUGCUGCAAAUUUGGAACAGGCAAAGGAAAUUGUCAAGAUUGCUGAAUCCACGGACCUCCCAGUUGGCAUUUUGGAACAAUGGGCUUUCUUCAGUGCCAUUGAAAAACUUCAUGAAAUUCUCCCAAAGAUUGGUGAGGUUGUUUCCUUCAUCUACAAAUCUACUGGACCUUGGAACGAAAACAACAAGUAUCUCGCAACAGGCUGGAGACAGAACCCCGAGCACAUUGGUGGGUUCUUGAGUGAUGGUGGAGUUCAUCAAUUGACUUUACUUACAGAAGUUUUGGGCGAGGUUGACUCCGUCAGUGGCCACACCAAACAAGUGAGAGAACAGAGUGGUACAGACGACAUUCUCUUUUCGACGUUCAAAUUGAAGUCCGGUGUCAUUGGUAACUUUGUAUACGGAUCGGCAUUCGGUGCCACGGAGAAGUCCACAAACUUCACCAUUUACGGGACAAAUGGGUCAAUCUUCUAUGACUUUUCGCCAAAUUUGCCAAAGCCAACUAUUACCUACCAGACUGGCUCUAGUGCACAACAGGCUUCACAGAAGACCGUAGUUGAGAUCGACGAGGUUAAUGCUAUCAAAGAGGAGUUUCUCAACUUUGCCAAAGCGGUAGAAGCAAAGGACAAAUCACUUGUAAAAGUUCCUCCAAGAAAGGCUUUUCAUCAUUUGGCUAUUGUUGCUGCUGCUCUCGAAUCGUCGCAAAAAGAAGGCACUUCUGUUAAGGUGGUUCUGCCAUAA